AUGGGUUUGCUCAAUGGAUCGGAUGUUUACUUGUUCAAAUACGAAGUACCAUAUCCAAUCCUGGACCUGUUGCUGAAAUUACGCUGCGGCUGCGGCUACGGCAGAGACGAACGCGGAAAGAGAGAGGGAGAGGCAGUCACAGUCAGCGGCAGCAACGACAGCUCCGGUUUCGAUGACAGCGCGAAAUUACUUAUUGAAAAUCCCAUGUCGUCCGAACGCGAACGAACAACCGGUGCACGCGACACGUCUGUCACCAAGGGUUAUACGUCAGCAGCGCUGUACCAAGCAAAAGCUUGCCCUGGUCCUGUAACUCAGUGGUUCCGCCAUCACUGUGAAGGUACGCCUUCCACAUUCAUUAGACUAGACUAA